UUAUAGGAACAGUUCAACCUCGAACUGUAUCCAACUCAACGGUGCGCCCAUACUUGUGUUUCAUUAGUCGUUCAUGGAGAAUGGCCGUGCAGGGACCUAUGCUGUGGCUCUCGGUUCACCCGUGUCGAGGGCUCGUGGACGAGAAGAUCAAGGUCCUGGUCCAGCACGCGGCUCCGGUUCAACGGCUCACGGUGCACACGCUCUUCCGCUCGGAGGACGGGGAUGACUGGGAGGCGUUCGGUCACUAUGUCAGCGACUCCGCCGGGGCGGUGGACGUGAGUGAAGAUGUGUGUCUGGGCGGGACCUACAGUGGUCACGAGCCCAUGGGCCUGCUGUGGAGCCUCCGGCCAGUUCCAGGGAGCAGACCCAGCCUCAGGUUCAGGAAGAAGGACACUGGGACGCCCAUGCUGGUGACCAUCUCCCUGCACCAGGGCUUCCUGAGCGACUCCUUCACAGAGAGGCUGCCUCUAGCUAGCAGGGUGGUGGAGCGCUGGUACAUGGCCCCCGGGGUCCGCAGGGUGGAGCUCACAGAGGGUGGGGUCACCGGAACCCUCUUCUUGCCUCCAGGUCCGGGGCAGUUUCCUGCGGUGCUGGACCUGCCAGGCGGUGGCAGGAGUCUGCCGGAGGCCCGUGCAGUGCUGCUGGCGUCACAUGGCUUCGUGACCCUCGCCCUCAACUACCUGAACCCCAGGAGGACAGCAGGGGGUGAAUACCAUGUGGGCAACGACUACUUCCAGACAGCGUUCUCUGUCCUUCAGACCCACCCCCAGGUGAUCAGGGAGCGUAUCGCUAUCGUGGGCCUGUCCUUUGGUGCCUCCAUGGCUCUGGGUCUCUCUGUUUAUUCCCCCACAAUAAAGCCCAGUUGCUUGGUGUCUAUCAGUGGGAGCCAUGUCCAGCCAGCAGGGGGGUCCCUUGGGGAUAUUUUUGCUGAGUUCAAAAAGAAUGAAAAGAACACCCGCUACGACGAAGAGAAAAGAGUGAUCUGGCACGACCUGCUGCUGCCCAUUCCCAGCAACCCCAGCAAGAAGGUGGAUGUGGGACAGCUCUGCUGCCCCCUGCUGCUCAUAGUGGGGGAGGACGACCAGAACUGGCCUGCUGAGGAAUCUGCGAGUGACAUGAAGGAGAUGAUGGAAAUGUCAGGUAACGGUCACCUGCUCACUGUUCUGUCCUACCCUGACACUGGUCACCUAAUCGAACCCCCCUACAGCCCCCACUGCCGUUCCAGCAACUUCAUUAAUGCAGAGUCCAGAGAGAAAUUUGUAGUUCUGUGGGGUGGAGAGGUGGCAGCACACUGCCACGCCCAGGAAGAUUCCUGGUGGAAGAUUCUGGACUUCCUUAAGAAACACCUGUACUAUGGCCCGCAGUCUGACAUCACUUCCUGUACCUGAUCUAAUUUGGGACCAGUCUACAUGCCCAUUGGUUUUACAAUUAUAGAUGUAAACAAAAUCUUAUUUCAUGCUGCAGUUUGAUUCCUGAUCUUGUGACCGUUAUGCUUUUGUAGCAUUCAAGCUUGAUAUUAAUGUAAUUGUUUAAGCUAGGGUCUGCAAAACCAGCGUAUGCUUGUUAUUUAAAGCAUCCAAAUGGAAUACCUCGUAAUUUUCCAUCAUGAAUAACAAUCUAUAAUAAUUUACAUCUGAACAACAAAAAGGCAAGUAUCAAAUGUGGUAGAAAAACAUUUAAAUAUAAAUGGAGGCAUAAACUGAGCCUAUAAAAUACCGAA